AUGCCACCGCUUCAAUACAACGCAACUUCUCCCGACCCUACAAAGUCACCUGAGGCGGUCGCGAUGCCCCCAGUAGACGGCACUGUACCGCUGGUCGAGGUCGAGCCUUAUACUCGGACGGUGCAGCUGGAUGUGCCGCGUGACACGCCGACCACGCCCUCUACUGGAGGGAAGUCAGGGUUUUCCAGGUGGGGGAAGGCUGCUGCGGCGUCUGGAUAUCUGGACCCCUGGUACAGCAAGUCCGCUGAGGAAUACCCGGCCGGGUACCCCAGUCUGGCCGCGUAUAUGAGUGAUGAUAUAGACGGGCGCAUCUAUCGCCGCUUCAGCUACUUGCGGAAUCGUCUUCUGCUGUACAUGCAAGAUAAGUUGAAUGCGCUAGAGCAGGCUCUCGAGGACGUCGACCGAGAUGAUGAGGAGAAGGCAAAGAACGGAGAACGGGAGGCUCUGUAUCGUCUGAUCUCACGAAGAUACAACGAGCAGACCGCCAACCUCACACCGGGUUUCGGCACUCAAUCAUGUCCUUGUUGCCACAAUACAGCAAAUCAGCAAGCUCUUCCAGGCAAUGCGGCCCAGACGACAAACUCGCCACACGCUAGCGGCCUCUCGCAGCCAAAGAACAAUGCAACCAAGCGGAUGGAGAUACUCGAGGAUGUCGAAAAGACUCUGGAGAAGUAUGAUGAGCUUUUGCUUCGCGAACAUGAGAUUUCUUCCAUUCGCGAGUCUACCGCAAAGCAGCGGGCGAGCUUGGGCAACUUCAUCUACAACGGAAAGAAAUGCGGACCCGGAAAGAACAAGAAGCCUCUAGCGAACCAGGAGAAUAAGCUCAUAUACCGAAAAGACGACUCCCUGCUUCUGGGUACACAGGAAGAUGCCUGGCUCGGGACUGCGGCGGAGUCAAUGAAACGGCUGAUGCCUGCAAUAUUGAGACGGUAUCUCCUCAUGACGCGAGAAGACCGAGAGAAGAGCACCACGUCCACCACGGAAUAUCUGUCAAACCACCGCGUCAACAGCUUCGUGAAGGCUGUCGUCUCUGUCGCGAGCACCAUUCUUCUGGUGCUUCCCAUCAUCAUCCUGUACGCUUUGAGUACACACGGAGCAUCUGGGUGGCUCAAGAUUGGGAUCCUGCUGGUCUUUGUCGUGGCUUUCGCGCUUGCAUUGGCAAUGCUCACCAACGCCUCGAGGAGUGAAAUGUUUGGCGCCUCCGCCGGUUACACUGCCGUCCUUAUUGUCUUCUUGACGUUCACAGGGUCGUGA